AUGAAGUCCAGGCGAGACAAGCUGAAGAUCCCCUCUCUGACUCUGGAUUUGUCACCCACUUGCCAGAGCCCCACCCUCCUGAGCCCGUGCAGCCCCUGCAGCCCCUGCAGCCCCUUACAGACCCUUCAUCCCUGGAGCUGUCGCAGCAGCAACAGGAAGAACCUCGGUGUCGGGACGCCGUCGCCCACGCUGUCCCGGCCACUUUCUCCACUCUCUCUCCACACCGCUGCAAGCAGCCCGCUAGACAGCCCCCGAAAUGUGUCGACCAGCGCCUGCCUCAACUUUCCAUUUGCCAGAAGUCACUUGGCUCGUGCUGACAGAGCUGAGGGCCGGAGAUGGUCUCUGGCAUCCCUCCCCUCGUCUGGCUAUGGAACCAAUCCUCCGAGCUCAACAGUCUCGUCGUCCUCGUCCUCCCAGGAGCGUCUUCACCAGCUGCCGUACCAGCCGACACAAGAUGAGCUGCACUUCCUUUUCAAACACUUCCGCAGCACGGACAGCAUGACCGAUGAGGAUGUACGGCCCUCGACUGUCAUGCGACCUCGCUCUCGGAGCCUCAGCCCCGGGAGAUCAAGUGUUUCUUUCGAUAAUGAGAUAGUCAUGAUGAACCAUGUUUACAAAGAACGUUUUCCAAAGGCCACAGCCCAGAUGGAGGAGCGUUUACUGGAUAUCGUCACCCACUGUUCUCCAGACAGCUCUCUCCCGUUGGCUGACGGGGUGCUGGGCUUCAUCCAGCACCAGUUGGUGGAGCUGGUCAGAGACUGCCUGGAUAAGGCCCAGAAAGGCCUGGUAACCUCCCGCUACUUCGCUGAGCUGCAGGAGAAUCUGGAGAAGCUGCUCCAUGAGGCUUACGAGCGCUCUGAAAGCGAGGAGGUAACCGUCAUCAUCCACCUGGUGAGGAAGAUCCUCAUCAUAAUCUCCCGGCCCGCUCGCCUCCUCGAGUGUUUGGAGUUUGAUCCAGAAGAGUUUUACCACUUACUCGAGGCAGCAGAGGGCCACGCUAAGGUCGGCCAGGGAAUCAAGACGGACAUCCCGCGGUACAUCAUCAGCCAGCUCGGUCUGACCAGGGACCCUUUAGAAGACAUGGUGCAGCUGGAACAGUACGAGGCCAGUCCUUCAGUGUCAGUGGAAGCAGAUGGUCAUGCUGAGAAUAAGGCUCCACAGACUCUGACACCCACACGAAGGAAACCUCUCGAAAGAGAUUUUGAGACGAUCAAACUCAUCAGUAACGGAGCUUAUGGGGCUGUGUUUCUGGUCCGCCACAAGGAGACCCGCCAACGAUUUGCUAUGAAGAAGAUAAAUCGUCAGAACCUGGUCCUUAGGAACCAGAUCCAACAGGCUUUCGUGGAGAGGGACAUCCUGACCUUUGCUGAAAACCCCUUUGUCGUCUCCAUGUUCUGCUCCUUUGAGACACGACGCCAUCUCUGCAUGGUCAUGGAGUAUGUAGAAGGUGGAGAUUGUGCCAACUUACUGAAGAACAUGGGUCCACUACCUGUAGAAAUGACAAGGAUGUACUUUGCUGAAACAGUCCUGGCUCUGGAGUACCUUCACAACUACGGCAUCGUGCAUCGGGAUCUCAAACCUGACAACUUAUUAAUUACAUCCAUGGGCCACAUCAAGCUAACAGACUUCGGCUUGUCUAAAAUUGGCCUCAUGAACAUGACCACCAACCUGUACGAGGGUCACAUGGAGAAGGACACAAGAGAGUUUGAAGACAAACAGGUUUGUGGCACUCCAGAGUACAUCGCCCCGGAGGUGAUCCUCAGACAGGGCUACGGAAAGCCUGUGGACUGGUGGGCUAUGGGGGUCAUCCUCUAUGAAUUCCUGGUCGGCUGUGUCCCAUUCUUUGGAGACACGCCCGAGGAGCUUUUCGGUCAGGUUGUCAGUGAUGACAUUAUUUGGCCUGAUGGAGAAGAUGCUUUACCGUCUGAGGCCCAGGACCUGAUCACCCGCCUGCUGAGGCAGAGUCCCUUAGAUCGACUGGGAACCGGUGGAACGACAGAAGUCAAGCAUCACGCCUUCUUCCUGGGCCUGGACUGGAAUGGUCUCCUGCGGCAGAAAGCUGAAUUUAUCCCUCAGCUGGAAGCAGAGGACGACACCAGUUACUUCGACACUCGAUCAGAACGCUACCAUCACUUGGCGUCUGAUGAGGAUGAGGAAACCAACGACGAAGAGUCUUCCUUGGAAAUCAGACAGUUUUCUUCCUGGUCGCAUCGCUUCAGCAAGGUUUACAGCAGCACAGAACAUCUGGCGACACCUUCCAACCUAAGUUUCUCCUCCGACCGCAGCCACAGUGAGGAUAAGGAGGACCGCAGGGACAUGGGAGGAUUCAGUCUCUCCCCGAGCCCAGCAGAUGGCAGUGUGGAGCGCAGACAUGCUGAGCGUAUGGCAAGCCUUCGCCCUCGAGCCUCCUCCAGCUCCUCCCAGUCUGAGAGGAGCCCCAGCCCUCUGGUGAUGAGCAGCACCCACAGCCUGGAGACGAUGCCUCGCUUUGCCCUGUCCACUGAUGACGAAGCCGAGGUUGUCGUCUCCAACCUUCGGAGGAUCAGGAUUCGCAGUAACAGCACCGGGGCCAAACACUCAUCCCCCAAGGACCCUGUCGGCCCUCGGCGCUUCGGUAACCAGCUGGAUACACCAGAUAGACAGAGGCUUCCCUGUGGAGGGAAGGUCCCAAAGUCGGCCUCCGUCUCAGCCCUGUCUCUCAUCAUCACUACAGAUGACUCACCCGGGGGCCUCCAGCCAAGUCCCAUCUCCCCUCGCUCACUGUCCUCCAACCCCUCAUCUCGUGACUCAUCACCCAGCCGGGACUUUUCCCUCGGCCCUGCCAGCCUGAGGCCGCCCAUCAUCAUCCACACCUCGGGGAAGAAGUUUGGCUUCACCCUGCAGGCCAUCCGCGUGUACAUGGGCGACAGUGACUUCUACACAGUGCAUCACAUGGUGUCGAGUGUGGAGGAGGCCAGCCCAGCGCACCAGGCAGGACUCCGCACUGGAGACCUCAUCACACAUGUGAACGGAGAGACUGUCCAAGGCCUGGUCCACCCUGAAAUGAUAGAACUGCUACUGAAGAGCGGCAGCAAGGUGGCGCUUCAGACCAUAGCGCUUGAGAACACGUCAAUCAAAGUCGGUCCAGCUCGAAAGACCAAACACAAAGGCAAGAUGGCUCGUCGCAGCAAGAAGAGCAAGAGGAGAGAUAAUUACGACAGGCGACGAAGCAUCUUGAAGAAGCUGUCCAAGCAGAGCACGGUGAUUCACAGCAGCCGCAGUUUCUCUUCUGGUCUCCAUCACUCCGUUUCCUCCAGCGAAAGUCUUCCAGGCUCCCCGACACACAGCCUCUCCCCCGGCCCUUCCACUCCGUGCCGUAGCCCUGCACCCGACCAUCAGGCCUUUGAAACGAACUCUCCUCAGAGCACAUCUCCAUGCUCCAGCUCUCCCAGUUCUCCUGCCGCACACAUCCGGCCCAGCUCGCUCCACGGCCUGGGCUCCAAGCUCAGCACGCAGCGCUACACCAAGGUGGGCCGCCGCAAGUCCACCAGCAACAUCCCGCCCUCACCCCUGGCCUGCAACUCAUCAUCCUCCACCCAGCCCCUUUCACCACAGCGCUCUCCAUCCCCGCUGCCAGGCUUCGCUAAAAGCCUCCACUCCUAUCACGGCAAAACCCUGUCACCGCCCACCAUCGUUCGGCACAUUGUUCGUCCCCGCAGCGCCGAGCCCCCCCGGUCACCGCUGCUGAAGAGGGUGCAGUCAGCUGAGAAACUGUCGGGAGUGUAUCACACGGACAAGAAGUCGUACGCGCCACGCAGGCACACGCUGGAAGUACCGUUUUACGGGGAGGCCGAUCUGCUCUGUGACUCCGAGGCAGAGGGCACCUGUGGAGGCUCCUACCUCGGGGCCGAGCACAGCAGGCUGGGGGGCUACAUGGGGAGCCAGCGGGUGAGGGACUCUGAACGAUCCGAGCAGCUGGUAGUGAUGAGAAAGCUCAACCUAUCAGAGCGCAGAGACUCCUUUAAGAAGCAGGAGGCAGUACAGGAGGUGAGCUUUGACGAGCCGGAGGAGAAAACCAGCACCGCGGUCAGUGUGACCACCACAGCACCAGCAACCCAAACACAAUUUACGCAGCCGCAGCAGCACAGGACGGCUUGGGUGCUCACUCGACCCCAAACAAGUGAGGAGGUGGAGCUGGAAGUUCCGGCGGUGAGGAGGUUUACGCUGGUGCCCCAGAUCGCCGUGCAGGGCUCCACGGAGAGCGAGGAGCAGGACGAGUGGGAGGCGUGUUCAGACAGCGAGGAAACCACAGAGAAGCAAGAGCUGGAGAUCACCGUCACUUCAUCUCCGCAGCAGCAGGUGGGACGCCCUCUGACCGAGUCAAGCUGCACUCAAGACGCAGAACCCACUUCCUGUGGUUCUCACAUCGGGGCGUCAGCAGAGAAGCCACAGUGCAGAGAGGAAACUCAACUAAAAGGCCAUCAGAGAAAGUGACGGAUCAACACUUAUCUCUCAUUGCAGCUGCUCGUUUCUCGUCUGUCAACACGCGUCACCGCUGAAUGAAGAAUCCCUGGUGGUUUUUUGUCUGAGCCAGACGAACUGGAAUCUGAACUCUUUUACAAAUGGAAGGACAGUGGGAAAAGAUUUUACUUGAAUUGUUUUUUUUUUUUUUUUUUUUUUGUAAAUAUCAAGGACGUUCUGGUCGUAUUUAUUACAUUUGAUGAAUUAGUAACAGGGAAUGAGGGAACUUCUCAUUGGUUGAGUUGCCAAGGCUCAACGUUUUUGUAUCCAUAAAAUGUGGCUUUAUGUCUUUUGA